AUGUCCAGUAUCAGAGACAACAACAGUAUACUCAAUCCGCCCUCCGGCACUGCGUUCUCCGAUUUCUUGUCGACCUGGAAUGACGGUCACGUCGCGCGGUGGCUCACCAAUAUCCACUGUAGCGCAUUUAUCGAGACAUUUAGAAACCAUGGUAUUCGUGGUGAUCUUUUGUUGGAGAUAGAUCAGGACAUCCUCAAAGAUAUGGGGGUUACAAGCAUCGGAGACAGGCUGCGGAUUGUGAAUGGAGUGAAGGGUCUGAGGAACAGAUGUUUACUCCCGGAUGCGAACCCUUCGGUGUCUGCCAUCGCGCACUCGCGGCCGUCGAUGAGUUCUCUUGAAAUACCGCCACGAGAGCCUCGCAUAACGAACGCCACUUUUCAAUCGCAUUCACGCUUACCCCCACGAGAAUCCUCAUCGAACAGGCCCGAUCUUUCCCAUAUAAUCCGAGAACGUCGAUACGGUGGCUCCAUAUGCAAUGCGCCCGCCAUUCCCCCACCCCCCCAAACCCGUCCGUCCGGACAGUCCACUACACUAAGAAGUGACACGAUUACGCGGUCAUCGUCACUGCCCCUUUCCCCCGCGCGGCCACCUCGGCCUCCAACCACGCGCGCGGGCCCACGCACUCUCGAUCCCCUCAUCAUUCCACAUACACGCACACCCAAGAAAGCCCACCCAGCCAACCACGCCAACUCACCCCUCUCCCCAGCACCCACGUCCGCAGGCUCCAACACGCAGACAAUUUCUCCCGUAAACUCUCAGUCCAACCGCUGGUCAACUUGUUCCUUUGGCCUGCCUGCAAAUCCACGAUCCCCCCCACCCAACAUGAAACAUCAGAUUCGAUCACCAACACCACCAGUAUCGCGACCGCCGCCAUGCGCUGCCAACCUUGUAAGCAACAGGAAUAUCUCGUUCAAUAGCAUUACUUCGCCCCGCGAGCGAACGCCCACGGAAGGGAAUCUCGCUCCAAGGCCGUCGACGCCUGGAACGUUUGCAUGUCCGUCCGCGCGAGCACCUACGUCGCGUAGCUUGCGAACCCCCGGUCAGCAUGGCUUUCCACUUUCACCUAUCAUUGAGUCGUCACGAUCGUCAUCACGAUCGUCGUCAACCCUUACAGCGUCGCUUAGGCGUCGUUCAUUCAACCCUGCUUCUCACGCUGCCGCACCAUCCCUGGAUGAACUCCGUCACAAACUGGUCAAAUUCAUCAUGCCAGAAGAAGGGCAGUCUUAUGUCGUCGAUGUCGCAGACUGUGCAGACGGCAUCGAGAUAGUGGAGAAGGUCCUGAAGAAGGCUGAAAAAGCGGGCUUGCGGAGGAACGAUGCAUCCGAUGUCAUGGGCCCUGUUAAUAUGGAUGGUGGAGGAUUCAAUGUGGACGGAUGGUCUGUAUAUCUCGAGUGGGACGAUGCCAAUGACUCGGGGGACCCACUCUCCGAAGCAGAGCUACAGGCAGUGUGCCAUAGUUCAUCCUACUACUCGGUCAAAGUACGCGGGCUAACACUGCGUAAAAAGACAAAACGAUCCAAAGAUCUCCACCAAAUGUUCGGCGAAAACCCACCCCGAUCCCUCAUCAGCUCCACUCCCCGUGUCCUCCGACCGAGGUCGCCCGAACCCGAUAUCGCCGCAUAUGCCAGGGCUAUCAGUGAAUUGCAAAGCAAGAAGUCGCGCACCAUCAAAGGAGCCACCACAAUCAGCGUCCGCAGUGUGCAUGACCCCCCAUCGUUACUGCAAGGCCGACCAAAAAAAUUACACCCAUCUGCAAACUCCGUUAAGAAGCACCCGAAACUGCGCAGUUUCCUCCGCCACGGGGCGAUGGUCGCGGCGCACUUGACGGGACACUUUCCGUUUGUGGAGGGGGAGGUGUUGUGCAAUGCACGGCGUGGGAUGGUACUGUGUGCUUCGGACGUGAGUGGGGACAAGAGCGGACCACCACUUCCCUCGCGGUUCAGCGCGAGUACGCACGGCUCAAAAUUGGAGCAGGGCUCGAGAAUCUCGGUCACUCUGACCGGGCUCUGGGAGUCUAUGAAACGCAGUCAACCAUAUAAAGGACCAGUGUAG